UGUGGCUCGCCGCUCCCCGUCUGCGCAUGAGUCACCCCGGGAGGCUGGGGAGGUUUGGCUAUUUCAGGGGCUGAGCAGCGGAGUUGCCGAGCGGCCGAAGAGAAGCCGGAGGGACUCGCUAGGAGAGGAGCAGGUGCCUCCCCCCGGUGCCCGGGUCGGUCGGUCGGGCAUUGGGAAGGGAGGAACUUCUGCGGGCGGUUUGAAGCGGGGAAGUCGGGCGCGACCUGGGGAAAAGGUGGGAUCGUGUCAGGACCCUGGACAGCGCCGGCUGGCCGGUCGCCUGCGCUUUCCGGCAGCCUGAGCUUCAGAUCCACCCAGAGCCUCCACCAACAUGCCUGGGAAUCCCUGGAAGUCCCCCCGAGAGGCACCUGCCAUGUCCCCUUGCCGCUCCAUCUCUGAAGUCUACCCUCUGCUCACCAAGGGGCGCAUGGCUACCUGGUAAGAAAUGGACUUGGCAGGAGUUCUCUUGGCUUUUAUCCUGGUGCUGGUGCUCGUUAUUUCUCUGUUGUCCAACCUGCUGGUGCUGCUAUGCUUCAUCUACAGUACCGAGCUCCGCAAGCAAGUCCCCGGGGUCUUCCUGGUCAACUUGUCCUUCUGCAACCUGCUCCUGACAGUCUUAAACAUGCCCUUCACUUUGCUGGGGAUCCUGAGAAACCAGCCGCCCGUCGGUGACUGCAUCUGCAAAGCAGUGGGCUUCCUAGAAACUUUCCUGACCUCCAACACCAUGCUGAGCAUGGCAGCCCUCAGCAUAGACAAGUGGAUUGCCGUGGUGUUCCCCCUGAGUUACACCAGCAAGAUGCGGUACAAAGACGCCCUGCUUCUGAUGAGCUAUUCCUGGAUUCAUUCCUUGACCUUCCCUUUGGUCUCCUUGUUUUUCUCUUGGGUAGAUUAUAGCAACGUGUAUGCCUCUUGCACCUUGCACCUGGUAGAAGAGACAGAGAGGAGGAGGUUUACUGUGUUCACCAUCGUGUUUCACGCCACCAGUUUCAUGCUGUCCCUGGUGAUACUGUGUUUCACUUACUUAAAGGUGUUCAAAGUGGCCAGGUUCCACUGUAAAAGGAUAGACAUUAUUACAAUGCAAACGCUGGUUUUGCUGGUAGAUAUCCAUCCCAGCGUCAAACAGCGUUGUCUUAAUGAGCAGAAAAGGAGGCGGCAGCGGGCUACUAAGAAAAUCAGUAUUUUUAUAGGGUCUUUCGUGAUCUGCUUUGCUCCUUACAUUAUCACCAGGUUGAUAGAACUUCUUCCUUUUGUUACCAUAAACUACUACUGGGGGAUUGUAAGCAAGUGCCUCACCUACAGUAAGGCUGCAUCAGAUCCAUUUGUUUAUUCUCUUUUACGUCAACAGUAUAAGAAAGUCAUGAUCAACAUUGUCAAUAGGAUACUUAAAAGGGACCUGUAUCCUUCAUCUGGCUACAACAGCUCUCUAGACACUGAAAAUGAUUAUUGCUUACACAGAACAUGCUAACAUCCUGACAGUCAUUACUCUUCAAGUUAGAUCUGACUUUUGCCACCAGAAUGAUAUAACCUGAUCUAUCACGUUGACUGGACAAUGGUGAAGCAUACCUUUUGGAUACGAAAGCUGGAUUCCUGCAGUGCAUUUCAUUGUGGGCUUUCAAAACAGGCUCUUCCAUUGUCUGCAUUUAGUACAGAAUGUAGCUGCAGAGAGACUGUCAAGGAUGGGCAGAGGUGAUUCUGCCUAGCCACUGCUUUGCCUUCUGCACUGACUGCUUCUUGGCAAGUGGAGUAAGUUCAAGGUUUGGGUUUAACUUUUAAACCCUAUAACAUUCCAGAUGUCUGGAAUUUUACUGAGGAUCUAGCAUCCUACUCUCUUAAAGCAAAGAUUAUGGGACCAUUGGAGCCUAGGGCAUGAACAGAUAGUUGGAGCACCAUUUGUACAAUAUAUUUGCAUCUGCAAUCCUGGAUUUGUCUUAGUUUUAGAACAUUUUAAAAGAGUAUUUUAACUGAUGGCUUGUUGUACUGAUGCCUAGAAUGGGUAUUAUGGAUGAGCACUUUGAAAAUGAGAUUAUUAUUAUUUAUUAUAAGGCAACAUGUUUGUAACAUAAACUUUAAAAGUGGUAUGUGUAUUCAGUAUGCCAGUAUUUUAUCAAGCAUAACCAAAGUUAUCUUGUUACCAUGUAUCUGAUUUACUAAUAUUUAGCACUUUUAUGAUACCACAUAAUUACAAUAAUCGCAGUGACAGCAACAAAGACAUAAUCAGAGUUUAGUUAACUAGCAUCCUCCCUGAUUGAACUAACCUCAUUAUCUCUAGCCUGCUUCUUGCUUGCAUAU